AUGAUGAUGACCACCGUCUUAGUAAUCCUUGUUAUGCUUCUCAUAUGGCAGAUCAACAUCAUUCUGGUGAUGUCCUUUGCUAUCAUUUUCCUUGGUUUGGAGUUCAUAUUCUUGUCAUCUGUUUUAUGGGGCAUCAGAGAUGGUAGCAAGCUAAAACACGAAACAGAAGUGAAGAAAAAAUGUCAAUGGAUUAAAAAAACAUUUCACUUUUUACCUCAAGCUGAUGACAUUGUCAACAAAUCUGUUUGGUGCAUCUCUUUUAAAACAUGGUCAUUCGUGCCAUGCUUCCUGAAUCUGAUGGUGCAACUGUCAUCUCAAGUGGAGCCAAUUCGAAACUUAUUUGCAGCUCUAUUUCUAUCAAGUAUUGGGAUGCUUAUACAUGUACAGUUCUUGUGGACACAUGUGGAUAUAUUACUAGCAUCUAUUAUUCUGGUUAUAGCUGUUAAGACUACAGUUUCUGCAGUCAUGAGAAAGGCCUUUAGAUAUUAUGUUAAGACAUCAUUUCUUAUGAUAAUAAAAGAUGCUUUGAACUCUGCUCUUGUUGAGGAAAUGGCUGCUGGUUCUAGUAUCUUUAUCAUGGGUGAAGAGGUUGGAGAAUACCAGGGUGCAUAG